AUGCUGGUUGUUUACAUCUCUUCCACCCCCGGAAACUGGAAGGUAAAACAUCGCCAACAGCGCAUAAUAGACCUACUUUCUUCGCUAAAGAUACCGUAUGAAGUCCGUGACAUUUCUCAAUGUGAGGAUUCAAAAAUUUUCAUGACUAAAGCCCUCCAGGCCAUUGGAAAACGUGCGACCGCACCUCAACUUUUCUACGGGGAUGAAUACAUAGGGGGCUACGACGAAUUAAUGGAUGCAAAUGAGUGCGAGCGUCUGUCAGAUUUCCUCCGAGUUGAAGUGAACCGUACUCCAAUGGAAUUUACAACCACGUGA